AUGAGCCGCGUGCUCGGGUUUCUGCUUCCGUCUGCCGCCUGCGGCUUCGGCGUCGGCUGGGGCACCCGCAGUCGCCUUUCUUCCGCCGCGAACACCAGCUUCCGCAAAGACUGCGAAAAGAAGUCCUUUUGGAGUUUAAAAAACGAAAAAAAUGCUUUUGAAAGACCCAACUUCCCCCUUUCGGGCUCCUGGUGCGACUCCGCAGGCCUCGCCGUCCUCCACAGACUUGUCCUCAACUUCAACUCCAUUCCAGACUUCUCCGCCGCCCUAAAACAAACUGCAUGCAAGCGCAUGCAAACCAGGGGCUUCAAAAGCCUCACUGUCCUUUCUCGCCAACUCCAGGGGGGCCCCCCAGCGGGGGGGGCCCCCCAGAGGGCCCCUCAGGGGGCCCCCCAGGGGGCCCCCCAGGGGGCCCCUCACGGGGCCCUCCAGGGGCCCCCCACGAGAACCUUCUCGGAGGGCGCCCCCCAAGGGGGCCCUCAGGGGGUCCCCCUGGGGGGCCCCCAAGGUGGCCUACAGGGGCCCCUAGAGAAAGAACAGGAAGGGGCUGGUGCUUGGGAUUGUGUAGGAGCUGAAGUGAUAGUUAUAGAAGAGUGGCUGGACCCUUUUGCUGCUGCAAAAGCUUUAAAAGAAAAAGGAAAAGAAAAGAAAUUUAAUGAAAGAGGGGCCUCCUUGUGGCUUUGUUUGCUGCCAACUAAUUGA